UGCGGAACACUUGAGGUCGGGCUUCCUUGUACAGAAGAGCGCCGUGCCAGGCGUGAUGCAGCACAUAACGAUCGUCCUAGCUGCGCUUUGCGCUGUGGUGGUAAGAGGCCACAGUACUUGUGUGGGGUGCCACACCCACAAUUGCGGGGAAAAUGAAGUUCCCGUGACCGGCCAUGCUCGGCGAGACAGGUUCUGCAGGCCUGCCUAUACUCGCCGCGAGCUGUUGACCCGGCAACGCAAAUGCAUCUGCAAGCCCCGCUACGUACGCAACUCCUGGGACGAGUGCGUCCCCACGAAGCUUUGCAGACGCUGCAAGUGUCGUCUUCAGAAGGACUGGCACCUGUGCUCUUCUGCGUGCCCCGUGACGUACAAUAUGACAGUACCUUUCUGCAGGAAGAUGUGCGUUCCGGGUUGUGACUGCCCUCCGGGUUGGGUUGUAGACUCAAGAAACUGGAAGAGGUGUGUCAAGGCGAUAAAAUUUCCACCGAUAUGCCCUCCUCACUCUACUUUUCAACCUUGCGUCUCUAGCUGUUCACCGAGGUGCGGCAUCACCACACCCAAGACGUGUGUGACGAGUUGCCACAGGGGCGCUUGUCUUUGUGACAAUGGCUUUGCCGAAUUAUGGGGAUACGGUGGGAGGAGCUGCGUACGUCAGGAAAAGUGUGAAUGGCACCUUCGGAAUUUAUUCGGGCAUAAUUGGACAGUUUUGAACGCCGCUGGGGUAGGCUUGCAUGGAGGUGCGAUCCAACCAGGUGGCUUGAUAAUGGGCUCAGGGGGCGCGCUUGUACCCAGCGCGAUAGGGAUUCUUCCGGCCGGGGCAGGAUUGCAUGCCGGAGGCGCUUCCUUAAUUGGUCCCGGUGGAGGUGGUCCCGGGAGUUUAGGUGUGAGAGGUGGAGGUAGCACCAUUUCUCUCACCGGAGGAACUGGCGCGAGUGGAGCUGGAAUUAGUACGGUGGGUGUAGGUGCCAAUGGUGGGGGUGUGAUCCAGCCUGCUUCUACAGUAACAUCUGCAGCAGGAACAUUCGCACCUGGCACCUCUGGGAAUGGGCUGGCUGGUGUUGGCGUAAGUUCAAUCAAUGGAGGUGCGGCUUUUGGCGGCUCCGGUGCCAGUGUUAAUAUGGGAGGUGCAUCUUUAAAUAGUGGGACGGGAGUUGGCGGAUCAGCUGUCGGUGUUAACGCAGGAAGUUCAUCCCUAAGUGGCAAUGCGGGAUUUGGAGGCGCAUCGUCAAGUGAAGGUGCGGGUGUUCGCCGAUCCGGUAUGAUUGUUAACACGGGAGGUGCAUCAUUAAGCGGUGGUGCGACACUUGGCGGGACAGCAAUCGGUAUUCACUCGGGAAAUCCAUUGCUAAGUGGCGGUGGGAGAUUCGGUGGGUCCAUUGGUAGUGUGACCGCGGGAGGCGGUGGGCCUGGUGUCAGUAUAAACCCGGGAGUUGCAUCAGUAAAUGGUGGUGCAGGAUCUGGUGUUGCCAAUGGUGGUGUGCAUGGCGUAAGCAUUCCUUCCGUUACCAUGGGAUCUGGCGGGGGCAGCCUCGGAGACACCUCUCUGGGUAUACACACAAGUGGUAGCGGAGGGCGCAUCUCCACCAUUACAGCAACAUCCGCAGCGAAUACGCCCUUGUCUAAUGCCGCCACAUUUGGCAUGGGCAGGGUUGGAGUGGAUUCUAUGGGAACAGGCUCUGGCAGUGGAGUAGGAUUCGGCAGUGCCGGUGGUAGUUUACUUACAGGAGGCACACACACAACUGGCACCACAGCAUCUCACGCGGGCUUUGGCACGAGCGGCGCUGGAGUCAGUGCUUCAGGUUUUACCAGAGGGCAUCACUCAGGCACAACGUCAUCCGAAGCGAGACACCCGUCUCAUAUUGAAAGUAAUGGCGAAGGUGGCGGAACAGGCUCAGAUGUUUCAAACUCAGGUGUCAAUACAGGAUCUGGCGGAAUUACUGGACGUGUACAUGUAGGAGGUGCGCACUCCAGUUUUGCAACCACUUCUGGCAUCCACACUGGCACAGGAGCUUCACCCAUAGGCGGUAGUGCAGGGGGUGUUUCCGGCGAUCAUACAGCCAGAAGAGAAGAGGCGCGACCGUCUGGUGCUGAAGUACAUGGCGGACGCAAUGACGAGAACUUAAAUCCUUCUACUCAUCAUUCUACCUCAGAAACUGGUGGAGUCGGUGUCAGUCUACACGGGACAGGUUCAAGCUCGACGGCUGCUGCCGUACCCACGGUUGGAGGCACAACCGCUGCAGAAGGUGGAUCCACAAGCGGUAUGACAGGAUACAUUUCAAGCGGUAGCGGAACAUUACCAGGAGGGCCUACCGUAUUUAACACAGCUUUGCAUGGCAGAGGUGGUGCCGGGGCAAGCACUGGUGUUUCACCUGUAAGUGGUAGCACAGGUUCUAGCGGGCUGCCUUUUGGUUUAACAACAGGACAUACCGACUCCAGAUUUUCUAUGACUUCCGGCGUCGUAGGGGUUCCAGUGGGCACCGGAAAUGCACUCUCACGUGGAGCGGCAGCAAUCGGAGUGGGUGCUCCCGUAAUACACUCAGCGCUGACGCAUUUACAUGGUGCUGGAGGACACGCAGGGACCGAUUCCGGUAUAUCCGUAGGGAGUACAUCGUUAGGUGGUGCCAGAGUGAUAGGGGGGAAUAGUAUUGAGAAUGGUGGAGUCCGAAUAGGUCCAAUAGGCUUACCUGUAGUAGCAGUAUCAGAAGGUGUUACUGUCGCAUUUGCGCCAGGAGCUGGGGCCACAUCUGGUGCCACAGGGAAUGGAGGAAUUAGCGGGAAUGGCGCCACUGCCGGAUUAAGCUCAGUGAGUGCAGGUUUACCUGGAGUCAUAGCACCUGGCGGCGUUCAUGUUAGAUUGCAUCCAGAUGCUUCGGCCACAUCUGGUGCUGCAGGAACUGGUAGGAUUACUGGGAGCGGAUCCACUUUUGGUGUAGGCCCCACGAGUAUAACUUUCCCUGCUGGAGCAGGACUAGGUGGGGUUGCUGCUGGAUUGCCAUCAGGAUCCAUGGCAACAGGUGUUGCCACGGGCUUCCACCAACCUCUGGUUGGUGGAAGCAGCGCUACUGCAGGCUCAAUUCAUAGUGGAGGCGGUAUUGGUUCCAGUACGAGCGGAGUUAGUACAACUUCACUUGGGGCCACUGGAGGUAGUCGCAUCAACGUUGCAUUUAUUCCAGCGGCUGCACACGCAGGUGGUAACGCAGCAUCUGUUGGCUCCGGCUUUAGAACACAAGGAGGUAGUUACUACAUGCCUGGCUACAUUGUCUAUGGCGUGCCUCCUUCCGGAAUGCUUUCAAGUGGAAUACUGCCGUCUAGCGCAAUAACCUAUGGCCCGGUCGUUUACAGUAACUUCACAGAUUUCAGAACGGCCUAUCCUGGAGGUGUGGAUACUGGGGAAGCUCCAGAAACUGGUGAAGCUGUCACGGAUAGUGGAAGUAGUUAAUGUAACACUCAGCCCGUC